AUGGAUGCGUUAUUAAAGAAGCAGUCAGAGCUCGGUACAGAGAUUGAGCGACUGAUAACCAAUUUCAAAAAGGAUUCUAGUACCCGCAAGCAGGAUACUACAUAUUAUGAAGAACGACUCAAGAAGCUACAUUCCCUAUGGAAUGAUUUUGAAAUAAAUGAUGCUGAAAUCAAAGCAUUGCCACAACCUGAACUCGAACACGAGUAUUUCAGUACAGGUUACUUCAAAAAAAUCUCCAAUCUAGUAGUCACAUAUGAUGAAAGAUUCAAGCUGGAGAAAUCAAGGCUACUCCUGAAACCACAGGACGGGAAGCCAGUAGUAAGCCCAAGAGGGCCAAAUAAUACUACAUCGCUCAUGCGAACCAUGCAGAAGCAAUCCUCAUUAAUGCAUGCACUACGCACGAGCAUAGAUGAAAUAUAUGAAGAAAUAACCAUAAAACAUCAUCCUAGUUAUUAUGAUCUGAAAUAUUCUCUAAUAGAAAAAUAUCAGAAGGAUCUGAGGGAUAACAAUGAUGAAAUAUGGUCAUCAGUCGACGCACAAGACAUCGUCGGAUAUACUUGGGAUCAAUAUUAUUCAACGGAUAAAGAUGCCCAAAACGCGUUAAUAUAUUUAAAACAACACAGUCAACCAACUGAAGGAUUGACGUCAGAGUGGCCUGCAGCAACUCAACAAAUCAGACUUCCAAAAAUAGUUUUACCAACAUUUGAUGGAGACUAUUUGAAAUGGAUUGAAUUUAGAGAUUUGUUUCAACAAUUGAUCCAUGAUCAAUCAAUAAGCGCAGCCCACAAAAUGUUCCAUUUAUCUACAAAUUUGGCGGGUGAGCCGAAAGCCCUCAUACGGCAUCUGCCAAUUUCCGAGCAAAAUUAUAAUAUAGCUUGGGAUAUUCUGUCAAAUCGGUAUGACAACAAACGACUCUUGGUGACAGCAUUACUAAAUAAAUUGUUAUCACAACCAAAUAUAACAAUUGAAUCAGCAAGCAGUCUUAAGGGCAUACAUGAUGUUACAAAAGAAUGUUAUUAUGGAUUAGCAGCUCAAGGUAUUGAUGUUAAAUCUUGGGACGCCAUAAUGGUUCACGUAAUUAUUAGAAAGCUAGACAAAGCUUCACAUACAGCAUUCGAGCAAUCGUUAGAAGACAGCCGAAGAAUAAUUUCAUUAAAAGAAUUAUUGCGGUUCCUAGAAGGAAGAUUUCAGGCAUUCGAAUCAAUGACGAAUGGAAACCACAAACAAAGUCACAAACCACGACAUCCAGCAGUAGCACUUGCAGCUACAGACUCAGGAUCAAAAUGUAUUACUUGCAAUAGUAGUCAUCAAUUAUUUUCAUGCGAAACUUUCAAACGUAAAUCCAUACAACAGAAGUACGAUUUACUAAAACGUCAUAAAUUGUGCACAAACUGCAUGAAACCUGGUCAUAUGGCAUUACAAUGCUCCAGCAGGGGUUGUACUAUAUGCCAAAGAAGACAUAAUACACUGUUGCAUCAAAAUAGACACCCAGUUCAACCAUCAAAUCAUACGUCAGUUGAAAACACUUCAAGGCCACUUGCACAAACAACUCUAAUGUCAUCCAUCAAUCAUGGUCAUACCAGUUGCGUUCUUUUAGGAACAGCAAAACUUUUAGCCUCCAACUCUAAUGGAAGAACAGUCGAGUGCAGAGCAGUACUGGAUUCAGGUUCACAAAUAAAUAUUGUGACUGAACGAUUGGCAUCCAGAUUGGGGCUGCAAGUAAGCUCCAGUUCGAUUUGCAUCGAAGGCAUAGGGAUAGGUAAAUUGAGUUCAAAAAGUCGUACAACACUUUCUGUGCAAUCAAAAGUGACCGAUUACAAAACAAUACUUGAAGCAUUUGUGUUGCCAAAAAUUGUAUCCAAUCAACCAUCGCAACACUUACAAAUUUCAAAUUGGAAUCUGCCCAAUAACAUCCAAUUAGCAGAUCCUACAUUCUAUAAGUCUGACAAAAUUGAUAUGUUGCUUGGAGCAGAAUUUUAUCAUCAACUCCUAAGUCCUGGUCAAAUACAACUUUCAAGGGAACUACCAAUUCUACAGAACACUGUGCUCGGAUGGAUCGUAUCUGGAAAAAUCCAAAAUGCUAACACAAUGAUUGCAACAUGUGGAAUAGCAUCAGAAGAUAGUUUAGAAAAUGCAAUAGAACAACUCUGGAAGGUUGAAGAAGUUGAUACUCACUCAAAGGUCUUGUCAAUAGCAGAACAACAAUGUGAAGCUCAAUUCACUCAAACUACAUAUCAGAAUGUUACGGGACGAUUCAUCGUUCGUCUUCCUUUUAUAAAUGACAGAUUCGCUUUGGGAGAUUCGAAAGACAUUGCUACAAAUAGAUUUCUAGCACUAGAGCGUAGACUUUCAAAGGAUAGUCACCUCAAACGACAAUACGUAGAGUUUUUAGAUGAAUAUGAAAAAUUGGGACAUAUGACCGAAAUAGAUAUUGAAAGGAUUAUGUCACCACAUUACUUUAUACCACACCAUUGUGUGCUUAAACCUGAUAGUACCACCACCAAGUUACGUGUGGUAUUUGAUGCAUCAUCCAAAACAACAUCAGGGCAAUCUCUCAAUGAUUUACUACACACCGGACCAACUGUUCAAAGUGAAUUACUGUCUAUUUUAUUACGAUUCCGUCUUCCUCGUUAUGUGUUUACAACAGACAUUGAAAAGAUGUACCGACAAAUACUUGUACAUCCAGAAGACAGACAAUGUCAGCUUAUCGUUUGGAGAAAUGAACCAAGUCAACCUAUAAAGUACUUUGAACUCAACACAGUAACAUAUGGUACUAGAUCAGCACCGUAUCUAGCAACCAAAUGUUUGCAAGUUUUAGCUGAUGACAAUAUGCAAAAUUAUCCAUUAGGUGCAUCUGCUCUCAAACAAAACUUCUAUGUAGAUGACUGUUUACACGGGGCAGAUAGUCUGAGAACAUUGUUGGAAACUCAGAGUCAAUUAAACAAAAUACUGACAGCAAGCGGUUUUAAAUUGCGAAAAUGGUGCGCAAAUCAUCCAAGUCUACUACAAGGAAUUCCACACGAUGACUUAGAAGUCAAUUUAGAUUUAGAAAAUAAUAACGAUACAACAAAAACUCUUGCGUUAUCCUGGUGUCCAAAAUCUGAUAGUUUAUGCGUCAAGGUUAAAUUGGAACCUGUUUGCAGCACGACGAAGCGCAGUGCAACCUCAGAUUUAGCAAGGCUAUUUGAUCCACUAGGACUUUUGUCACCAGUUGUGGUGAUGGCAAAGAUCUUUAUUCAAGAAUUAUGGAAUUUAAAGAUGGAUUGGGAUGAAAAACUGCCGACUGAAUUACAUAAACAGUGGUUAGAGUUCCGGAACAAUUUGACGAAAGUAAAUUGUCUGCAGAUAUCUCGUCAUAUUUUCAAGGGUGAAGUUCCUGCCAACAUUCAAUUACACAUCUUUACAGAUGCAUCAGAAAAGGCAUAUGGUGCUGCAGCGUAUAUGCGAUCAACACUUCAGAAUGGUCAAAUUAUUGUACGACUAUUGUGCGCCAAAUCUCGAGUUGCACCUUUGAAAAGGUUGACAUUACCUCGUCUCGAACUUUGUGCAGCUGUAGUUGGCGCAGAACUAGCAAAAAGAAUAAAGAACGAUCUACAAAUAAGAAAUUACCAGACGUUCUUUUGGUGUGAUUCACAAAUAGUGAUAUCAUGGAUCAACUCUCCAUCAUCAAAGUUUCACACUUUCGUUGCAAACCGAGUAAGCAACAUUCAUCAAUUAACAGCCACAAGUCAGUGGCGCCACGUCAGUUCGGAACACAAUCCAGCUGACAUUUUAUCAAGAGGCCUUGCACCCCAUAAACUACAGUCAUCAAGUAUGUGGUUUUAUGGACCUAUGUUCCUGCAUGGUCGGGAAGAACUGUGGCCUUCAAAACCAUCAUCAGCAUUAAAAUCCGAAACCCUCAUUGAUCCUGAACGGAAGAAGGAAACUCAAGUAUCUACAUUGUCUGUUGUUGAAGGCACAGCAAAUCCUGGAGAGUUCAUAUAUUCAAUAAGACACAACAACUCAUUUGGAAGACUUCAACGGAUAUUAUCGUAUACUUUAAGAUUCGUAAAAAGAAUCAGAAGAAAACAAAAUGAUCAUUCAAGCAAUUUUUUGACUCCAGAUGAUCUAGAUGCAGCACAUCAGGUCAUCAUCAAAAGCAUUCAAUAUGCAGAAUUUAAAAAUGAAAUCAAAAUUAUGAAAUCUGAUGGAAGAAUAAAUAAGUCCAGUGCAUUGGCAUCACUGGCACCUUUUAUUGAUAAUACAGGCAUCAUAAGAGUUGGUGGACGGUUGGAUGCAGCCUCAUUAUCGUAUGACGCCAAACAUCCUAUGUUGUUGCCUUAUAACGACCCCAUUGUCAAAUUAAUAAUGGAACAAGUCCAUAAGAAAUACAUGCACUGUGGUCCGCAGUCUCUCCUAGCUAACAUGCGUCAACGAUACUGGCCAAUUAAGGGCAAAUUGAUGGCAAGGUCAGUAGUACAACAUUGUGUACGUUGUACUAAAGUAAGACCACGAUUUUAUGAACAACUGAUGGGUAAUUUGCCAGCGACAAGAGUACAACCUGGGCGACCAUUCCUCACCACUGGCGUGGACUUUUGCGGACCUUUUUGGAUACAUUACAGAAUCCGAGGCAAGAAACCACACAAGGCAUACAUUGCUGUGUACUGUUGUUUUACAACUAAGGCAGUUCAUCUCGAAGUAGUCAGCGAUUUAACCACAGAUGCAUUCAUCGGAUCGCUGAAACGUUUUGUUGCUCGAAGAGGACACUGUAAAAAUUUGUUUUGUGACAAUGCCACAAAUUUCGUCGGAGCAAGUAAUCAAUUACUUGAACUUGCAGACUCAAUUCAAACAAGUAAGGCACAAGAGAAGAUAAUUAACGAAUGUAAUGAAAGAGGAAUAACAUUUAAAUUUAUACCUCCUCGUGCACCACACUUCGGUGGACUGUGGGAAGCAGCAGUCAAAUCAGCAAAACACCUAUUGAUACGAAGUACUAAGACCACGUCACUAACAUAUGAGGAACUAGAGACUGUGGUACUAGAAGUCGAAGCAAUACUGAACUCUCGACCAUUGACACCUAUGUCAAGUAAUCCGAAUGACUUGUCAGCACUAACACCUGGUCAUUUCUUAAUCGGAGAACCACUCACAGCAAUGGCAGAUGCAAAGGCCCAAUCAGGAAAUAUAAAUUUGGUGACAAGAUGGAAAUUAGUCUCUCGCCUCAAAUUGGACUUUUGGGAACGUUGGAAAACCGAGUACCUCACUGAACUACAAUGUCGACACAAAUGGAAAGCAGCCAAUCCAAAUAUAAAAGAAGGUACUCUUGUAAUCAUCAAGGAAGAUAAUGUUCCUACAUUAAAAUGGCCGCUUGGACGUAUUGCAAAGGUAUAUAAGGGAGUUGACGGUCUAGUUCGCGUGGUUGAUGUUAGAAUGGCAUCAGGAACUCUAAGACGUCCUUUGACAAGACUAGCGCCUCUGUUUCCAUCCGAUGAACAAUCUCUUGCUUCUGAUGAACAACUUUCAAAAAGUUUUACAAAAGCGAAUUCGAAAACACCACACGAAGGCGCAGAUCAAGACGAGCCACCUAAAAAGUAUUCACGGCCAAUGUCUAAUUCAUUACUGUGCACAAUGUUAUUAUCUCUAUUAUUCCUGCCAUUGGUAUUAGGGAAUUCAGUGAAUGUAACACGUUUCGACAAUAACUUAGGAAUAUACGUUGAAUCCAUUGGUUUGAUGAAAGUAGCAACGGCGGAAUGGAAAAUGAUUGUUUACUAUGAUCUUCAUCCAUAUUGGACCGAAAUGGACUCCUUCAACAACGGGACUAAAACUAUCAAACGUUUAUGUUCAGAAUUGCAAGCACAUACAGCAU